AUGAAACUUAUUUUUACUUCAAAUUCAUUAAAAUUCAAUUCAUAUUCUAUCAUUUCAUUAAUAUUUUGUGAUCCUGUUGCAGUAUUACAUUUUUUAUUGUCUAUUUUGAUAGUUUUCCAUUUAUUUCUUUUUACAAUUUCACUAUUUAUAAAUGAUGCAUUAGCACCUGUAUCAAUUAGUGUGGUAAAUACAACUUGA